CCUAAUACCAAAACAAUGGCAGAGCAAGCAAAAUUCACAGUACCGGCCUAUGCAGUUACUGAAGGCAAACCAGGCAAAAAAAGGAAGACCGUAACAGUACAAGAAAAGGCAAUGAACAAAAAGUCUUUAGAUAAACAAAGAAAUAAAGUGCGAGUUAAUAUCAGCGUGGCUUUCCAGCGAUGGCGAGAACUGAGGGAACUCAAGGGGCUGAAAAGUGACUCCUUGAUGGCUUUAUUUCUGCUGGACAGUUAUGAGAAAGACAUAUCAACGUCCUCACCAUCGAAAAGUGGAUUUACAAUGACACCACCACCUGUAUCCACUAUUGUCUCGGAGUCGCUUUCUGACCGAGAUGAUGACUUCUCAGUCCCUGGAGUUGAAGAGUUGGAUAGUAGCAGCGUACAGGAUAAAAACAUUCAGGAAUUAGAUGCAAGUAUGUCAUCACUGGAUCUGGAUGUCAUCAGUGAAGAUGAAUUUAACAACAUUAAAAACUCAAUUAUCGAUUGGGAAGAUGACACCUGGUGUCCUGAUAUGGAGACAAAGUCUGUGUCAUCAUUUGAAGAAGACGAAACAAAGGAAAUAGAUACAGACUAUGAUGACAGUGAUGAUGAGGACUAUAUGGCACAUAUUUGUGUGCGGACUGGCGGUGCACUGAAGACUCCGAUUUGUCUGAAUUCCCUUCAAACAAUUAGUAUGGAGGACACUGUGCACGAUGUUGAAGACAACUCCCAAGACCCUACUAUUGCAGACAUACAUCCAAUCCCAGAGACUACUAAAAUCAUGGUUGAGGAUGACAUAAUUGGCCAGCCAGCAUCUAUAACAUACCACAGUUGUCUGAAGCUGCUUGCCGAAUAUCUUGUUCUACCUGUGAACAUGUGUACUGCUAAGGACACAAACACAAAUGCAGAGUGUGGGGCACAUAAACCAUUUGAGGUCAACAUCCAUUCCAGGGGUACAGCUGCAAUUGUGGAAUUGGAUAUGUUGUAAUCGUCACACUGUUUGGAAAUGGUCUUCACAGCCCAAUUUUAAAUAUGGAAUGCUUGCUGGGGACUUUAUGUUGGCGUGUAACAUACUGCUGUCUGGCAACAACUAUGCCAAGAUUUCACUUCUCUUUAC